AUGGUAAGCAAGCUCGUCAUGGCUCCGGUCCUGCGCACUGCGGGUUCGCUUGCGCGGCCGGCGGUGCAGCCCAUCGUGCUUCCAGCGUCCAGGAGACUCAUCUCCUCUGCCUCCUCGCCCUUCUCUGCCACCACCACCACUUCCAACGCUGCCACUCUGCGCAACGCCUUUGCACGCAAUGCUCUCGGCCCUUGUGCUCCUGCGCUUGGCUCCUCCUGCGUGAAAUCGUCGCCGACGCUUGUGCGCGGACUGGCAACCGCCGCACAGACCAUCUCCAAGGGCGAACAGAUCCCCAACUCCACGUUCAUGUACGUGCCCUUCACCUCGGAGCUCGCCGACGGCACUGCCUGCGGCGCUCCCACCAAGGUGCAGACCCACGAGGCCUUCAAGGGCAAGAAGGUCGUCAUCAUCGCCGUCCCCGGCGCCUACACCCCUACUUGCCACGUGAACCACAUCCCUCCCUUCAUCAAGCAGGUGGAUGCCUUCAAGGCCAAGGGUGUCGACCAGAUCGUCGUGCUCGCCCAGAACGACCCCUUCGUCAUGUCGGCCUGGGGCGUGCAGAACAAGGCCGAGGACAAGGUGAUCUUUGCCACCGACCUCGGCCUCGAGUUCUCCAAGGGCGUCGGCUCCACCGCCGACCUCUCCGCCAUGGGCUUCGGCAUGCGCACCGGCCGCUACGCCCUCAUCGUCGACGACCUCAAGGUGGUCGACUUCAGCCCCGAGCCCAACCCGGGCGCCGUCGAGACCUCCUCCGCCGAGGCCGUCCUCUCCAAGCUCUAA